CUGCGACAGCGCCAAUGGCAGCAAAACAUAACUGUUAGUGGCGAGGAGGAUGACAGCAAUAAGGACUUAAUUGUUUGAUCAUUUCCUGCUCAUAUAAGGGAGACGUGGUUACUUAAGCUCCACACUCAGAGCCUGUAGUGCUCAAGGCCAGCAUUGAGUAUGAUUCCUUGGUUGAGGUGGAGGUGAGGAAGCAUGGAGUGGAAAUCUGAGAUGUCCAGACAAACCUGAUGACAGUAUGGUCAACGGUGGAGAAGCUCAAAAUGGAAAAACACCCAUGGAGGGAGGAGAACAUUGACUCAAGUGAGGCACAGCAUGGCACUGACGAUUCUGAGGAUGGAAGCAGCUCAGACAGCGAAUCAGAAGAUCAGCAACAGCAGAGGACUCAGGUGAGCAGCAGCAUCAGAUGUAAGAAGAGGGAGCCUUUGGCUGUCACGAAGCCCCACCGACAGCUCUGUCGCUCUCCAUGCCUCGACCGGCCCAGUUUUUCCCAGAGUAGCACUUUGCAGGAUUUCCGUGAGGAUGAGAGCAGCACAGGACCAGGGGUCAAACCUGCCAGCGAUAAAGAGUACCAGACCAAGAUGGACUUUGCUUUGAAGUUGGGCUAUUCUGGAGAGCAGGUGGAGACGGUGCUCAACAAGUUGGGGGCUGCUGCACUUAUUAACGACGUUCUUGCUGAGUUAGUGAGACUUGGAAACAAAGUGGAGCCUGAAAGUCAACCUUGCAGCAGUACAGCAACAUCAACAUCCCGUCCCCCCUGUGUUAAAGAGACUGUUAGUCCAGAGGUCUCAGUGGAAGAUGACUCUGUGGAUACGUAUGAUAACCUCAGGCCUAUCGUCAUCGAUGGUUCAAAUGUGGCCAUGAGUCAUGGAAACAAAGAGGUUUUCUCUUGCCGUGGUAUCCAACUUGCUGUUGAAUGGUUCUUGGAAAAAGGACACAAAGACAUCACCGUAUUUGUUCCCGCAUGGAGAAAGGAGCAGUCAAGGCCUGAUGCCCUCAUCACGGAUCAGGAAAUACUACGCAAACUGGAAAAAGAAAAGAUCCUGGUUUUCACCCCAUCUCGGAGGGUUCAAGGCAGGAGAGUGGUGUGCUAUGAUGAUCGCUUCAUAGUGAAGCUGGCUUAUGAUUCUGAUGGAAUUAUUGUGUCAAAUGACAACUACAGAGACUUGCAAAAUGAGAAGCCAGAGUGGAAGAAGUUCAUAGAAGAGCGUCUCCUCAUGUACUCUUUUGUCAAUGACAAGUUUAUGCCCCCUGAUGAUCCUUUGGGAAGACAUGGUCCAAGCUUAGAAAAUUUCCUCCGCAAGCGCCCUGUCGUUCCAGAGCACAAAAAACAACCUUGCCCCUAUGGGAAAAAGUGCACAUAUGGACACAAGUGCAAGUACUAUCAUCCUGAGCGUGUCAACCAGCCACAGAGGUCGGUGGCCGAUGAACUACGGGCCUUUGCCAAAUUGUCUGCGGUGAAGACAAUGAGUGAGGGGGCUUUAGCUAAGUGCGGUACUGGUCCAGCAACUGUUAAGGGGGACAUGAACUCUGAGGCCAAGCGUGUGGCACCCAAACGCCAAUCUGACCCAAGUAUUCGCUCAGUGGCCUGUGAACCUCCUGAGGCACUGUCCGCUGCUCGGAAGUCUGAGACAAAUUCAGUGCCUUCCCUUGUGUCCGCUCUCAGUGUGCCCACCAUGCAGCCUGUCAAGAGCCAUGCAGCUGGUGCCUUGAACACAAGAUCAGCCAGCAGCCCGGUGCCAGGUUCUCUGCAGUUCUCCCACAGUUCUCUGGAGCACAUGUCUAGUGUACAGUACCCUCCUAUUUUAGUUACAAACAGUCAUGGCGCCUCUGUUACAUACGGUGAACAGUUUCCAAAGUAUGACUCAGUUAGCGACCAUGGCUAUUAUUCGCUACACAGUGAUUUUUCAAACAUGAGCAUGAGCAGCAUGCACAAUGUUGACAGUUUCUGUAGCAUGGAGCACGAGCAUGGUGUGUAUCAGAGAAAUCCCAGCCACUGCCCUGAAUCCUGUCUCAGCCAUUCGAACAGCGACUCGUUUUCCUCUUACGCUGACCUUUACCCAAGUUCGGUGGACAGUAGCUUGGAGGAGAGCAUGAAGGGGCAGCAGCAGUCUAACGCACAAGCUAGGAUGCAAGCAUUCUCCCAUGGCUUUCGUCAUGAAGCGCUGACUAGAGUUCAAAGUUACGGACAAGAGGAACCCAAACAGGGCCCCCGUAAGCAGCAGUCUGGAUCUCAUCUGGCACCCCAUAUCCAGCAUGUUGCAGUGGGAGCCAGGUCCAGCUGUCCUGGAGACUAUCCCCUCGCUCAGAAUGUCCUCCCACCUCUGUCCUCACAGCCCACACGGUCUCUUGGCAUGACUCGUAUGGACAGCAUAUCAGACUCAAGGCUAUAUGAUAGCAACCCAAUGAGACAGAGGAGACCACCACUGUGCCGUGAGCAGCACGCCAGCUGGGACCCUCUGCCAUGUGGUAAUGAGUCCUAUGGAUAUCAUUCAUAUCCAUUGAGUAACAGCCUGAUGCCAUGUUGUGAGCGGGUGAUGGUCCGGAGCAUGCCAGAAAAAAUGGAACAAAUCUGGAACUCACCAUGGGAGAUGCCAUCUGCAGCUGAACACCAGGAGCGGUACGUCAUCCCAGACCACCAGUACCAAACAUAUCGGAACCUUUGUAACAUCUUUCCUGCUUACGUAGUCCAUUCAGUAAUGGAGAAGAACCCUCAUUUGACAGAUCCACAACAACUUGCUGCUGUCAUUGUUACAAAACUGAGGUCAUGCCAUUGAGCUUUUAAUCUUAUUUACAUAGAUGGGAUAUGACAAAGGAAAUACAGAUGUUUUUUGAUGCAAAGACAGGCACUUGUGUAAUGUUGCUGCAUGUGCAACAUCUGCCCUCAGGAGUUUAUUUUAAAUGUGUCGGGUGGAACAUUUUGUAUCAUUAAGUUGAGAUAGAAGUAAUCAGUAUGGAGAAAGUUUAUCUUUAAUUGUAAGAUGUUUCACAAAAGAAAGCUGCAGUUUUAUAUGAAGUUUUGUGCAGUUAAAGUGAGGUACAACCUUAAAAGAAAACAAUUUCAUAACACAUUCAUACAACCUGAGCAGGAGCUGCAUGGUACCAAAUUUAUGACCAACAGAACUUUUGUGAAACCUUAUUUAAAAUAUUUAUAGAAGUCUGCAAACAUUUAGCAUGACUGUUGAAUAUCAGAUCAAAUAUAGGUGAGUCAUUGUUUAUAUUUGAUUGAUGAACAAUCUUUAUGGAGCCCCAAAGUAAAAUCAGCUGGUGACUAUCUGUUAACUUUAGCAACAACCCUGCCAAAGUCAUUACCAGUGUUGCCCAAAAUAGACUGGUAUAGCUUAACAAGGAAUGUGCUACUUGCCUUUUAGUCAUUUUAAUAUUUGCAUCAGUGGGACGAGAGAGUGUAACCUUGUCAGCAUGUGUGAUCUAAAAGUGUUUCUCAGAGAAAGACAAUGACUUAUAAAGUGUCACUUUGUAAUUUUGCUGGCCUGGCUAGUGAGUUAUUAAGCGUCUUUAAUAAGCAUUUUAAGCUUUUGUGUGUAGUGUUUCUUUACUUAACGGCAAUCUCAAAUUUGAUAAUGUGGAAUAGUUGCUGCUGCAGGCAAGUGAUGCCAGCUUGCUAAUCGGAAGCAGUAGUUAAGCUUUAUGUCUGACACAGGGCGAGCAGUAAUAACACCACUGCUAUAGUUAAGGGAAUUUUACAAAUAAAAAGUGUCAUUAUUGGAUAAAACUUGAUAUGAAAUAUACGGCAUACCGGGGUGUGGUUCAAAGAUAAUGGUUUAGAUUACAUGGCAACACAGUGCAGAUUGGAAGUGAUCUUGACAAAUUCUCUCACACUUGCCUGAUGUAGAUUAAGAUUAGUUCAUUGUGUACAUCUUGUUCAGGUCCUGUGAACGUGUUAUAAAAUGCAUCUAUAGUGUUUCGGGUUCAGGGGAACUAUAGAUAACCAUGCUUAGAUCUGCCUCUGCUGUAUAUAAUUCUUGUGACUUUUUGUGCAUUAAUUUUAAAGAUAAGUAAAAAGGGAGGUAGCCACAUACCUCACAGCAUGAUCAAUGACAUUUAAUGGCCUUAUAUCUGAAUGACCUCACGCUUUAGUCGUUGUCUGAUGGGUUUCAAUGAAAGUCUUCGUCAUUGAAGCCACGUUUUUUCAAAUGUAAAGCACUAUCUCAGUAUCUAAAGAGAUAUAUUUUCUCAGCCUCACUUAACAAAGCUACUAUUUUGGUAGAAUUUGACAGUGCACAAAGCAAGCCAAACAAGAGAUUUGACUUGUAAACGUGCACAUUUCUAUGUACAUAUAAUCACACAAAAGCCAUUAUUUCAGAGUCAUUUAUAAGCUGCUAAAUAAUGCCAAAAAAAGAAUUUAUAUAGUGUCAGUAUUCUACAUUAAUUUACGUUAACGGUUUGCCGAAGUGAUGGGAUUAUAUUACAAAUGAACAUGUGUUUGGAUUAUUUCCUAUUUUACACUAUACAGUUACCUAUCUGAUUUGAUUGGAUGCUACAUCCAGGGUUUCCCUAUCAGUAUACGUCUUUGUUUGUAAAAGUAUUCAAAGCAUCUUUGUUUGAAACAGGCUCUCUAAUGGACUCCCUCAUGUUGUCAGUGGAGCAGUUUAUUUGAAGGAGCAGGUCAAGUUUCUUUCAGAGCCUACUUUUAUAUGCACCCAAGUCCUUUGAUGAUUUCCAUCUUUUGUCGCUGUGAGAACUACGUUCCCUGAUCAGUUUCAGAUUUUAAGAGACACUUUGUCAACUCGGAGGAAUUUGACCAUUUAAAUUGUGUCAACUGUAUUGAUUUGAAGAAUUCAGGCAUUGAUCUAAACUAGUGAGACAAUUCAGUGUCUUCAACUGAUUUCACACAGUUUCUUUGGUGCAUAUAAAUGUAGUGAAACUUUAAGAAUUGACCUCAGCGAGCUGUAGUGUGGUUGAGUCAAGACACAUUGUGGAAAUGUACUAUUAGAGGUGGAAACAGUGCUAACCAACACUGUUUAAAUGUUUGCACAAAGAAUUCUGCAACAGGCUUAAUAUGUACCUGAUGAGACAUUUGUCAGAUUAAGUCAAAGGAUUCUGGCUGUAACAGUUAGACCUCUGAGUGAGUUAAACACACGACGCAUUUUGGGGUAUUUCCUUAAUUUGAUUAAUAGAUUUCCAAAAUGACGUGAACGCUAGUUGGCAUACUGGAGGCAUUAUAUUCUGAAUGGCGUUUUAUGGGAGGCUGUAUUGCUCACAUACAGAUGUACUGUUCGUAUGUAUGCAUGCAGCCAGCCUCCAAGGAUCAUGAAAAGGGUUUGGCUGUGCCUUGCAGCACAUUGCUCUCAGGAUGCUUUCAACUUUCUAAUUUUCAGUCUUGUCCUGCCAAAAACCCAGUAGUUAUUGGCAAGAGUACUUUGAUUCAUUAAUGAUAUAUUUUGUGAAAACUCUACAUGUAACAUGUAGUAUCUUAAAGUAAGCUAUGUACAUCUGAAACGCUACGAUGGCAUUGCAAAACUGUACUUUUUGUGUAAAUGCUUGUUAUUCACCUUGAGUUCUCUAAAACUGAGCUCAUAGAGUGGCUUUACGUGAUGCAGCUUUAGUCAAAGAAAGUUAUCAGUGAAUUGGACUUCAUGAAGGCCGUUAAAAUCCUUAAAGACUAAAAGGCUUAACAUUUUCACAAUAGGUGAAUUUUCUGGCCGUUAUUGAGCCAAUGAUUAGAUCUUGUAAAUUGUACUUAUGGAUGGGUGGAUGGUUGCCUUGAUAUACUUAUGACCUAUAGUAAGUUGCCAAGGUCGUAAGGUCAAAACUAGUUCUUAUCAACUGAUAGGAGCACAUGUAUGUUCCUAUGAGGAUGACCACCCUUGAUGGUAAUAGUCCAUUUCCUUUUCUCUUCUCCCACCCUCAGGGCCAAGUGAAAGCUGUUUGCACCAUGUAAAGCCAACCCUGAUAGCAGUUUCAUGUGUUCGUGUUUUUUUAAAGGGAAAUGCCACUUAUUUUAAGGAUGCAGGAUAUUCAGGCCUAACCUUGUAAAACAAAAGUGGAUUAGGAGAGAGAGUUGUAGUCAUAGUGUUUUAAAAAAUAUACGAUUAAAAGCACAGAAAGUUUGGCUCACCUUGACAGUGAAUGCAGCAUUUAAACAGAUCGGACUUUUAAUCGUUUUAUUUGGGAAAUUCUUUAUGCUAUCAAAGAAAAGUGUAAUGCACAUUUUUUAACUGAGUGUAUUCCUUUUUAACAGAGUUUAUUCUGACUAUGUCUCAUUGGUGGUGCAUCAAAAGUUAUUUCUUUAUAAUGUUUAGGUACAACCAUGUAAUAUGAGCAGACUUAAAGAAAAAAAAAAAAAAACAUUUGAAUGUGUUUUGCCCAAAAGAAUUUUGGGUUUUGCUGACUUUGUUUUUCAUGAAAAAAGACAAGGCCACUUAAGGCCGGCUGUCUGUUCAUGAGAAGGUGAAACAAACUGCCUAAUGUUUCUACAUGUGAAACAAUCAGAUUGCAAGGCUGCUGUCAAGGUUGUUUCUGGCAUUUGGCUCAAAGUUUGCGUGCCGUCCUUCUUCCUUGGGAAGGUUGAGUUGUCAUCAAAAAAUCUUGGUCCAUGAAGUACUACAUACCCUGAUGGAAAACACAAAUCUAAAAGUAAUAAUGUGAACCCAUCUGUUGAUCAGAGGCUAAAUUAGGAUCACAAGUGUUGUGAAUUAAAAUAGCUUAAAUUGUAUGGGUGUGUGUCUUAAUUAGAUCGAUAACACUGGAAUAGUCAGUCACCCAGAUGAACUCAAAAUAAAAUGACUUUGUUCUGUUUGAAAAAUAAUUACCACCAUAAGAUUUAUAUUAAACAUUUUUUUAAAUCUUUACUAGAUCCUGUAACAGAGUCCUUUAAACUCGAUUAGUUUGUUUUCAUAAAGGCGUACACACAUGAUUUAAUUUUAGCUGCUGACAUGGCUCAAGCAUGUGUGUUCCUAUUUCUGGCAGAGUGCCACCUAGCAGCCACUUGUCUGUAAUAAGAUAAAAUGCACUCAUGGACAAUGUGGGCCUGACAAGUAUCAGAGCAAAUCCUCAUUGAAAGCCUAGUGGCUUUUAAAUGUGGGUCCAAAAUGCUGAAAAACGAUUGUGGGAUGCUGCUCUUAUCUUAAAGGUUAGCCUGUGUUGUUUUCACAAGUUCCAUCUGGACAUUUUCACACCGGACUAAAAGGGAAGAGGAAAAAAGAAUGACGGUCGCUAUGGCUUUAAUUGAUUCUUUCUUUACUUACUACAUUCUAUAUUAGAGGUAUCUAAAGACUGUGCUUGCUCUAAAGACUAUUUUCAUAAUGAUCUCUGUUCACUGGGUGAAUGACAUUUCCGGGCCAAAAAUAAAUUACUCGCUAUCACAACAAAAUCAUUUAAAUGUACCAAUCCAGUGUUGUGCUGUUAUUCUCAAAGGUGACACUUAAGACCAGAAGGUUGUUUCAUAGUCCCCGUCCUCCCUUUGUGCCGCAAACAACUAAGCCACAAAUGUCUAGAAUUGACUUUUGCUUGUUGAUACAAAUUGUAUCUAUACCUUGAAUGUAACAAAAUAUGAAAUGUAUAAUAUGAAAAAAAGUUUAUUUAAAUAAUGAGGGGGUGGGGUGGGGGGAUCAAUGCCGUAAUGUUUGUGACACUGUGUGUCACAGGGAGUAGCCCAUUGGUAUGAACUAAUUCUUACUGGGUACAGUAGUAAACUUACAGGGACAUUUAUGCUAUUUCAAAGUGCACAGAUACCCUGUGUACAGCUGUAAGCAUCAUGUCCUCCCUGUAAAUAGUCACACGUGUGUGUGUGUGUACAUAUAGAAAGAGUUCUGUAAAUGUGAGAGUUACUUCAGUUGUUCUAAUACUUAGAUUAUUUCUGUGUUGUAACCCGUGCACCUUGGUUAAGUGCAUCUAUUUACUCUGAAUUUGACAUGUCUGCUUUAUGCUAUUUUAAUGGGAAUUUCAAUAUUUUUGAAACUAUUUUGCCUAAUAAAACAUGCCAAAGUUCUUCUUGGGUGGCUUCGUCAAACAUGAUUAUUUUCUUUGCACAGUGUGAAUUUAGAGCAACUUAACACCAAACACAAAUCUGCUUAUGGCCUGACGGUUAAAAACAGUUCAAAAUAUGAUACAGAGUUCUGUUAUUGGCUGAUCUCUUGUUGCCAGAUGAUUCUAACUCAUACCCUAUCAGAUCUACAAGAAGAAAACAAGCAGUAUAUGAAACACACUGAAUGAUAAACAUAGUGAUAGCUUUACUCAGAUUUGUGUUUGCUGUAAAGGACGGUUUAAUAAACGAAAAAUUCUCUUGAGUUUUGGAUUCAAGGACUAACACUAUGUUAACAAAUAAGACAUGAAUUGUGAUCUAUUCUACUAUAAUUCACAAAUGGUUUGGUCAUAAUUUUGCUGUAUGAGGCCAGUGGGGAUUAGAAGUGUUUUUUUAAAGAUGUAAAUGCUGAUGUUGUCAGUGAGUAUUAACUUCAGUUCAGAAUCACUUUUCUAAUGGCUAUGAGCAACACCAAAGUGAAUUUUGAUGUACACAUGUCAUGUAACGUCACAUGCUAUGACCAACACACACACAUGGACACAAACACACACACAGUGUUGUGUCCAACAAUGGUGAACCCCCUGGAAGUCUUGCAGUUUCUAACAGCAUAUGAUUUUGUCAAAGUUGACUUGCUGGUGUUAAAAAAGCCACAACAACAGGUCCACACAUUUGAACAUGACUGUACAUACAGGUAAUAGUACAUACAGUGAAAUACUCAGGUCAAAUCACACAAAACAGUUUGGAUAACUCAUUUGGUUGUUUUCUAUUCUUGGAAAAGUCAGUGGUCACAUUUCUGAGGUAGUAACGGUCUGCUGUUUGAGUAGACCGAUGUGUUGUCCAUGUACAAAGGGAAAUAUAAAGCAAGUUUUUUUUGUGUGUUGUGAUGAUCUGUGGUAUUGUUAUCCAUGCUGAGUGGAAAGCAUUGCUUUUAUAGACCAAAAUGCACAAAAAUAGAGGAUUUUUGGGUCUGUGGGCUCAAACAAAAUGUAAGUCUUAAUGACAAAACGUGUUUAUCUCCUUAAAUAAAGCAAAAUUCUGUUCAAA